UCUCUUGGAAGUGCCUUGAGCGUUACGUAUCUUAUCCUUCGAUAUGACUAGUCAUCUCUCUAUUUCUUUUCCUUUGUUACAUCGACCCCGACAUCACAGCAACCUUCCCUUUGUUUCCUUCUCCUUGGAUCUCCAUCUCUCUACCGUAAUUGUCUGUUCUUGGGAUCUCCAAAGCUUCCUUAUUCGAGGUGCACGCAACCAUGGUGGAUGACUGCUGGGACUUGCCCCCUGGCUUCAGAUUUCACCCUACGGAUGAAGAGAUCAUCACUCACUACGUCAUGCAGAAGAUCAUCAACCACUGCUACACAGCAAGAGCUAUCGGAGAGGUGGAUCUGAACAAGUGUGAGCCAUGGGAUCUUCCAAGCAAGGCAAAGAUGGGAGGAAAGGAGAUGUACUUCUUCUGCCAGAAGGACAGGAAGUAUCCAACUGGCAUGAGGACCAACAGGGCCACUGAAGCUGGCUAUUGGAAAGCCACCGGGAAAGAUAAGGAGAUAUGUAGGGGAAAAGGAGUCCUUAUUGGCAUGAAGAAAACCCUUGUGUUCUACAAAGGAAGAGCUCCCAGAGGAGAUAGGACUAAUUGGGUGAUGCAUGAGUUCAGGCUUGAAGGCAAAUAUCCUCUCUCCAAUCUCCCCAACUCUGCCAAGGAUGAAUGGGUUGUGUGUAGGGUCUUCUACAAGCAUGCAGGACUGAAGAAGAGCUCACCACCUGCGAUCAACUCCAAUGGAGAUGAUCUCAAGGACUUCAGUGCCUUGCCUCCUCUAAUGGAUCCCCCAUGCAUGGAUUCUAACAUGAGGCCUGAUUCCAGCUUCAUCCACCAUGAUCAACUCUAUGACUUCAAAGCUAUUCCUCCUGCCUUCUUCACUGCGAUGGCUGCCGAAGAUCAACAAGUGAUGAACCACCAGAUGAGCUCCUCCAAUCCACCUCAGAAUUCAGUUCUCCACUACCCACUCCUGGUCUCGGCAAAACCGGGCUACUUGCACCAUGAUGAAGCAAUGCCAAGUGAGGUAGCUGCUGCAGCCAUGAGGAAGCACUGUCAAUCCAUCGGCUGCCCCUCGCAGGAAACAGGAGUGAGCACUGACCACAACACCGAGAUAUCCUCGAUCAUGUCGAAGCACUACGAAGAUUUCGAGGAACCCUGGGCAAGUUUUGGAUUCUGAGAACGUUUCUGAAAGAACUUGAGACUGAUUUGUGUGUUAGCAACCAUUUUUAGGGUCUCGUUGAUCUGCCCAAAUCCACUUCUCAUGCCUUAUUUAUCGCAGAGAGAGGAGGCCUUGUGGUUUAGAUAUAUGCUCUCUCACUGUACAGAGAGUUCUAAUUCUCGUAUGCGUACAGAUUAAACUCUUCUAUAGAUGAAAGAAAUGUUGAAUUAGUUGGUCUCAUCAACCACAAUGUAACUACCGGACUCGUCA